AUGGAAAGAUUGAACGGUAUUGUGAAACAAGUAAUAUCCGCAGAUACCUAUGUUUUAAUAGGUGCCAAAAAAGGCGGAGUAUCACAGGAAAGGCAAAUAAAUUUGGCUUGCUUACAAUGCCCAAGAUUAUUUAUGAAGAGCCAAAAUACUGAAAAGGCUGAAGAUCCAUUAGCUUGGGAAAGUAGAGAAUUUAUAAGAAAAUUGAUUAUAGGAAAAAAUGUUAGUUUUUGUCUUGAAUAUACUUAUAAUAAUCGACAGUUUUGUAGUGUAUUUUAUGAAGAACAGAAUCUAGCUAUUUUAUUAUUGGAAAAAGGUUAUGCUACUUUAGUAUCAAAUAAAAAUGUAAAGAGCAAUGUAUAUGCUGAUUUAGAACCUUAUUAUGUACAGGCAAAAGAAAGACAAGUUGGUAUUUUUGGUAGUAAUAUUAAAUCAUAUGUUCGAAACAUUGUAUACUGUUAUAAUGAUAAGAAUGAAAAUAAAAAGGUUUAUGAUUUAUUUGUUAAUAAAAGAUUAAAGUGUGUUGUUGAGCAUAUAAGAGAUGGAGCCAAUUUUCGUGUAUAUGCAGAAGAAGAGGCCAUAAACGAAAAAAGAGAAGUUCUAGAUACUAAUAACAACAAUAAUAAUAAUAUUAAUAAUAUUAAUAAUAAUAAUAGUAGUGGUGAUAAGAAUAAAAAAAAUAAAAAAAACCAAAAUAACAGUAAUAAUAAUAAUGAUAAUAAAACAGAAUUAAAUGGAAUGGUUGAAGAAGAUACAGGAAAUUCUAAAAAAAAAAAUAAGAAUAAAAAUAAGAAAAAAACAAACCAAGAUGAAAACACUGAAUCUAAUUUAAAUACAAAUGAAAAAUAUUUAACCAUGUAUUAUUUUUCUUUUUCAUUGUGUGGUAUUAUUGUAGAUAUGUUUAAAAAAGAAAUGGUAGAUAAUGAAGAGACUGUGAAGGAAGAAUUAUAUGCAAUGGAAACAAAAAGGUUUGUAGAAUCACGUUUAUUAAAUAGAGAUAUAGAGAUAGAAAUAAAACAUAUUGAUAAUAAUUUUAAUUUAUAUGCAAAUAUUUAUUAUAAGUUAGGAAAUAUUUGUACUUUAUUAUUAAAAAGUGGAUAUGCAUAUAUUAAUGAGUAUACUAUAAAAUUUGUACCAAAUCCUAUAGAAUAUAAAAAAGCUUUAGAUGAAGCUAUACAAUUAAGGAAGAAAAAAUGGAUUAAUUACACUGAAAAAGAAAUUGAUUAUGAAAAAGAAUAUUUCUCAACGGUUAUAGAGGUUUUAUAUGGAGAUGUUAUUAUUAUAGAUUAUAAAAAUGAAGAAAGGAGAUUAUAUUUAGCAUCAGUAAAAUGUGAGAAACAUAAUAAUACAGAUAUUAAAUUAAAUACAUUAUGCUUAAUGGCCAAAGAUUGUUUAAAGUCACAAAUAGCAGGAGAACAAAUAAAAAUUAUAACUGAAUAUGUUAAAACACCACAGAGUAAUAGUGAUGGUUAUAUUCCACAAUGCUCAGAUGAUAAAGGAAGAAUGCAUUUUGUAAGUAUAUAUAAAAUACAAAAGAAAAAAAAAAAUAACCAAAAUAAAAAUCAUGUAAAUGAUGAUGUAUAUGAUGGGUUCACAAGUAAAUGGAACGAAAAAAAAAACACAAAAGGAAAUAGUAAAACAUCAUUAACACAUAAUAAUAAUAAUAAUAAUAGUGGUAGUGGUACAUCCAAAUUAAACAACAACUCAAAGAAAAAAAAUAUGAAAAAAAAUUCUAAAAAGAUGAAUACAACAGAAGAUGAUAAUGAAGCGGGACUAUAUAAUAAUGAUUCAGAUGAUGAAGAAGAAGAAUAUAUUAAUUUAAACGAAGAAUUAGUUGCUAAGGGACUAGCGAAAGUAUUAAAUCACAGACAAGACGAUGAUAAGGCUAGUAAUUAUUUCAGAUUACAAGAAUUAGAAAAAGAGGCCGAAGAAAAGAAAUUAGGAAGAUUUAAUCCUCAUUUAGAAAUUAUCAAAAUUAAUAAUAUUAGUGGAAAUGAAAAUGCUUUAAGAGCCAGAUCAUUUGAAAAUACUUUAAAUAAAUAUAAUAACUUAAAUGCUUAUGUUGAUUUUAUUUAUGGUGCUAACAAAUAUAAAUUAUAUAUCCCAUCACAAAAUCUAUUAAUAAAUUUUAUAUUACUAGGAAUCACUGUAGAGAAAAUAAAUUUAAAAGAUUUAAACAAUAUGGAAUUAAAAAUAAAGAAUAAAAAUAAUAUAAAUGGAUUGGAAAAUAAUGAAAAAAAUAAUUUAUUGAAUGGGGAUGCUGAUUUGAUAAAAAAUACUAAUAAAAAAGAGAAAUUAGAAUAUAAAGAAAUAGCAGUUCAAGCAUAUAAAUAUACAAGAAAGAUGUUAAUGCAAAGGAUGGUGCAAAUAUCUAUUAUUACAUGUGAUAAAGGUGGGAAUUUUAUAGGUUUAUUAAAAUAUCAGAAUAAAGAUUUCUCCAUGCAUUUACUUUCAUUAGGUUAUGGUGUAUUAAAUGAAAUCGGUUUAAAUAAUACAAGUGAAAGAAAUAAUUUUGUAAAAGCAGCUGAAGAAGCUAAAAUUCAAAAGAAAAAUAUAUGGUCUUUAGAAAAAUCAGAGUAUACAGAUAAUUUAUUAAAAACAGAGAGUGAUUUAACAGCAUAUGAUAAUAUAUAUUAUUGUUCACAUGUAGAAGACAUUAAUAAUAUUUCUCUUCAAUUAAAAAAUAGAAAAGAAGAAUUAUUAACAUUACAAAGAGAAUUAAAUAAAAAAGCAAAUUUAGAAUCAUCAAAUCUAAAUGAAAUAAAUAAAAAUACAUUAGUACUAGCCAAAUAUAGUGAUAAUUGUUAUUAUAGAGCAAUAGUAUUACAAGUAAAUAAAAAUAAAAAAAAAGUACUUGUAAAAUAUAUUGAUUUUGGUAAUGAAUAUGAAUUAGAUUUUGUUGAUAUCAAAAAAUUAAAUGAACAAUUUAAUUUAAAAAAUUAUGCACCUUUCUCAUUCAAAGUUUCUUUAGCAGGUUUAAAAAUACCUAGUGAAAAUAAAGCAGAUUUAAUUGUAUAUAUAAAAAAAUUUUUACUUGAUAAAUUCUUAUAUGUCAAAUUUGAAAAAAAAGAAGCUAAUUUAUUUCAUGUCGUAUUCUAUGAUUAUGAACAAUUUAAUACAAAUAAAAAUAUCAAAAGUGUAAAUGAAGAAAUUGUAUAUAACGGUGUAUGUUAUGUUGAUAAUAGUAGUGAUACAAAGAUAUUUGAAAAAUUAAAGAAGGAAGAAGUAUUAGCAAAAAAAAGUAAACAUGUUAUAUGGUCUUAUGGAGAUAUAGACUACGACGAUGAAAAUUGA